CGGACAACGUUUACAAAUUUUCUAGUUCCAUCGGGUGUCGGUGGGACUCACUGAACGUUCAAGAUUACGUCGAUCUCUAUGAACCCUUGGAAUCAUCCCAGAUGGGGUGAGGAAUCCAAAGGUCAGCAACAACUGCAUCUGAUGCAUCAACUGCAUUCCUUGCACCCUUUGCAUCCUGUUUCUCAAGCACAGACCAUGCAACUGAUACAACCACAGCAGGGCCAAGCGAAUGCUCUGAAGCUGGGUAAUAGAUCUCAACCACAACCGCUGAUGGUUCCUCUCCAUACAUACCCAUAUUAUCCUAUUUCGGAGUUUCCGAAUCAACAACCUCCACCACCCACCCAUACUUAUCAUGACGAUUCGGUCGAUCCGAUUCCAACUUUUAUUGGACAACAGACCCAACCACCACCAGUGGCUUCAUACGUGACUUCUCAUCAGCCCGUUCUUGACCAGGACCACCGAGACCAAUGGGCCCAACAACAACAACAACAACAACAAAUUUUAGGGUCUGGGGUACGACAUCAACAAUUGUCAACCUUUAUAUAUCCUCCUGGGGAUAUUAAAAUGGAUCAUAAUGAGAUGAUUCCUCAGUAUGGAGGAAGAAAUUACUCGGUGUCAAGUUCUACAUCUUCAACUUCGUCACAAAAAACAAGUAAAUCUGGUUCAAAAUCUGGUGGAUCUGGGGGCAAAGCCAUAACCAAAAGAUCUAGAAUGGGGUGUCUUACAUGUCGUCAACGGAAGAAAAGAUGUUGUGAAACUAAACCCCGGUGUACCGAAUGUUGUAGAUUAGGGUUGAAUUGUGUUUGGCCCAAGCCUGGUACAGAACAUAAGAAUAAACCUAAGGAUACAAAAAAUGAAGAGAACACCAUCGAUCAUGACGUUUAUGGCAAAAUCAAAGUUUUGAGAGGAAUUGUUGAGUACAAGAGUUGAUUGUGGGAACUUUUCUAUAGGGGGGCUUGUUGGACGUGCUACUGGGUCCUUAUUGAAGUAAAUGGGGGAAGCCACUGCGUGGUUCCUUACUCCUCUUUGAGGAGAUCUUCCCCCUCAAGUACUUUUUUAGAACAAACAGGAAUGGUGACGGGCUAGUGGACCUGGUCAGUAUUGUUUUUGUAACCCUCUUUAAAUUUAGUUUUUUUUUCUCGAAAAUUAAGGGGGUAAAGGAGAAUGGGGGAAGGGUCUACAAAGAUGAAUGACGAAUUAAUGAAGAGAAUAACCAGGAAGAAAAGAAGAGACCAAAAUGUUUUUACAUAAACAAUGAUAGUAA